CUGAUGCGCUUGGAUGUGAUAAAAGCGCUCAGUUUUGAACCGCGCCACCUCUGCGCGUUCAUUUGCGCGCCCGUUGACCCAAUGAGCAGCGCUGGCGAAGGGUGGUGGUGGUGAUGGUGUCGCUCAUUCUCUCGCUCUUUCUCUCUCUCUCUCUCUCUCCCUCUCUUCAAUCUUCUCUACCUCACUCUUCUUCUUCACUCCUCCAUCCGGCCAGUGAGCCUGUCGGAGCUCUCGACUCGUAUCGCUUGACGAGCCGCGCAAAAGGAUUUCUUCCAUUUUUUUUUUUUUUAGGGGGGGAGGGCAAGUCUGGGAGGGGUGCAGCGGCAAAUUGUUCAUUUUUUCCCCCCCAUCAUCUCGUGCACGCUGGAGUUGCUUUUCGUUGAGGAGGGGGUGGCGUGAAAAAUGACGCAGCAGAGAAGAAGAAUGCAAGUGUCACGAGUCCCCCACUCGGGCUAACGUGAACGGACAGCGCGCCAGACGCCUCGCCACUAUGGAAGGCCCUUCCAAGUGACCUUUAAUGCCAGUCACCUUUUUUUGACCAUUUGAGGCACAUCCACCUGCUUGACGAGUGUUUCUGCUGUCAAACAAAGCAACCCAAAAACCAAAUCCAGCAGUAUCCAGGAUGCAGAGGAGAUCGGAGGAGAUGCCGACAGAUCUGUGGACGUCCUUGCUGCUGCUGUGGAUUACUUUGCUUCCCUGCGUGUCAAUGAUGCCCCUCGGAGGCGCCGAGACUGUGGCCGGUCCCGACGAAGGACAGCGACUGCUGAGCCGAGCCAAGAGAGGAUGGGUUUGGAACCAAAUGUUUGUGCUGGAAGAAUUUUCUGGACCCGACCCAAUCCUGGUUGGCAGGCUCCACACGGACUUGGACGUCAGCGGCAAGCGCAUCAAGUACGUUCUGGCCGGCGAAGGGGCCGGUACCAUCUUCGCCAUCAACGAGCUGACGGGCGACAUCCACGCCAUGAAGAGGCUGGACCGCGAAGAAAAGGCCGAGUACACGCUCACGGCCCAGGUCAUUAACGCGGACACCGACGAGCCGCUGGAGCCGCCGUCCGAGUUCAUCAUCAAAGUGCAAGACAUCAACGACAAUCCGCCGCAGUUCAUCGAGGGACCUUAUCGGGCGGCCGUGGCCGAGAUGUCGGCGGUCGGUACCCCGGUGACCCGAGUGACUGCCACCGAUGCCGAUGACCCGGUAUACGGCAACAGCGCCAAACUGGUCUACAGCAUCCUGGAGGGGCAACCCUACUUUUCUGUGGAUCCCAACUCAGCCACCAUCAAAAUUGCUCUGCACGGGAUGGAUCGAGAGAUGCGAGAGGAGUACCUGGUGGUCAUCCAGGCCAAGGACAUGGGCGGUCACAUGGGAGGCUUGUCGGGCACCACCACCGUCACCAUCACGCUCACCGACAUCAACGACAACCCGCCCAAGUUCUCGAAAAAUUUGUAUGAGUUUGCCAUCCCCGAAAACCUGCCCAUUGGGCAGAUGGGAGGCAAGGUAAAGGCCAACGACCGGGACGUCGGCGACAAUGCCAAGUCCACGUACAACAUCAUCGAGGGUGACGAGCAAGGUGUGUUCGAGAUCGUCACAGACCCGCAGACGCAAGAAGGGAUUCUGCGACUCAAAAAGGCGUUAGACUUUGAAAGCAGGAGGACGUACACACUCAAAGUGGAAGCCGCUAAUGUGCAGUCGGACCCCGGCGGGGGCAUCGGGGGGCCCUUCAAGGACACGGCCACUGUCAAGAUCGUCGUGGAGGACGCCGACGAGCCGCCAGUCUUCUCUAAACCCAUCUACACGCUCGAGGUCAAUGAGAAUGCACCCGUCAACACCGUCAUCGGCACGGUUGGCGCCAGGGACCCGGACUCCAGUGGCAGCCAAGUCAGAUACUUUAUCGACCGCCAUACGGACCUGGAGAGGCAGUUUAACAUCAACGUUGACGACGGCAAGAUCACGCUGGCCAAACCACUGGACCGAGAGACGGACACGUGGCACAACAUCACCGUAACCGCCACCGAAGUCCGUAACCACAGUCAGAUCUCCCGGGCGGUGGUGGCCAUCCGGGUCAUGGACAUAAACGACAACGCCCCGGAGUUCGCCACCGAAUAUGAAGCCUUUUUGUGUGAAAAUGGAAAACCCGGACAGGUGAUCCAAACAGUCAGCGCCGUGGACAGAGAUGACCCGAUCCAGGGCCACUAUUUUGAGUACCGCCUGGUGCCUGAGAUGCUCAACAAUCCCAACUUCACUAUUAAGAACAACCAAGAUAACUCCAUUAGUGUCCUGGCCAAGCACGACACGUUCCGGCGGCAGAAGCAGGAGAUGUACUUCCUGCCCAUCGUGGUGACGGACAACGGCGCCCCGCCCAUGAGCAGCACCAACACCCUGACCAUUCGCGUGUGCGGAUGCAGCAAGGACGGUAUUGUGCAGUCCUGCAACAUUGAGGCCUAUGUACUGCCCAUCGGCCUCAGCAUGGGGGCGCUCAUCGCCAUCCUGGCCUGCAUCAUUCUGCUCCUAGUAAUAGUAGUGCUCUUUGUGACUCUGCGGCGACACAAGAACGAGCCGCUCAUCAUCAAGGACGACGAGGACGUGCGCGAGAACAUCAUCCGAUACGACGACGAGGGCGGUGGCGAGGAGGACACGGAGGCCUUUGACAUCGCCACCCUGCAGAACCCGGACGGCGUCAACGGCUACCUGCCGCGCAAGGACAUCAAGCCCGACCUGCAGUUCAUGCCGCGCGCCGGCCACCACUCGGGCCCCAACGGCGUGGACGUGGACGAGUUCAUCAACGUGCGGCUGCACGAGGCCGACAAUGACCCCACGGCGCCGCCGUACGACUCCAUCCAGAUCUACGGCUACGAGGGCCGGGGAUCGGUCGCCGGCUCGCUCAGUUCGCUGGAGACCACGUCAUCCGACUCGGACCAGAACUAUGACUACCUCAGGGAGUGGGGCCCUCGCUUCAGGAGACUUGGCGAACUGUACUCGGUGGGCGAGAACGACCGCGAGACCUGACCUGAAAAAAAAAAAACACAAAAUAAGACUUUCUGAAUUUUUUUUUCUCUUCUGUCCACCUGUGUAUUAAGCGCUAGAGUUCUAUCGGCUUUUAGAAACAGAAAAAAAAAAUAACAAACAGGCCACUUUUUUUGUUUUGUAUUCUUCAUAGAGUCGAAUUAUAGCAGUCAUCCACAUCGUAAUCGUUGAGCCGAAACAAGCCGUCUUUUUACUAGGAGAUUCUUGUGGAGUGUAAAAAUUAAAAAAAAAAGUUUAGAUUCCGUUGUGGAGUGUCUAGCAGUGUUUUGGGUGUUAGUCAUUGCUGUGACUUCCAGUAGCAGAGAGCCGGGAGGCCCUGUCCAGUCAGAGAAUCUUGAACGGACUUAAAAGCAAUACUUGGUCGACCUUACAACAAUGAAUGUAUGCGAGGAGGAUUUGAACAACAACAAAAAGACAAAAAAAAAAAAAAAAAAAAGGGUGUUGGCUUUGACAAAAAGUGACUUUGUUAUCAUUUGAUAUGUUCUCUCUAUGGUGGCCACAUUUCUAAACGACGCUUUAUACAACUCUUUGUAUUUACAUGCUACAGGUGGACCGUCACCAUCGAGCUAGCCUAUAAAAAAAAAAAAAAAAAAAAAAGACGCGAGGACAACAACAAUAAAUGUAGAAACUCUGAGGCCUUCUUUUUACAGAAGCAAGUUAAAUUACCUAAUGUUUUUUUUUUUCUUGUGUUGAUUCUUCAUGACCUUUCAUCAGUGUAUGUGCAUCUUUUUCCUUUCAAUGCUGAAAACUCCACAAAUAAUUGGGCUUUAGCAUCUUUCUGCUAACUUGGCAUUUGAUUCGCCAGAAAAAAAAAAGACAAAUCCAGCCCGUGUGCAUAUUGUAAGUACACUGUAUGAUAUGACGAAAGAAAAAAAAAAGGCUUGUGCUGUACAUAGCAUUUCUGCUAACGUCAUUAGUUUCAGACAAAGGCUGGUUGAGAAUUUCAAAUUUCUGAAGUGUAACAAAGACAGAAGACUCGAUGGUCAGGCGACUAGCGCGUUCUUCCUUCCGCUCACCUUUUCUGCCGUGCGUUCAAUGCUUAUCGGUGUGUAUGUUCAAUUAUUUACUCCCCUGUAUUGUAAUCUCUCCAGAUUACCUUGUAUUGUUUCCUACUUGUUCAAAUAUAUUUUUAUAAAUAGCGUUGAAUGGGUGCCGUCUGCUACUUCAGGAGGUUGCCGGAGACGAUCCACUUGGAGAGAAAGCAAACCCGCCCCCGAGAUGACCAACGUAUUAGCCACGGUUGGACACGGACCUUGAUUUUAAGGUCAGAGAUGGGUUCGCGUCACAUUCGUUCCGUUACGGGAAUGGAAUACAAAUUAAACUGCCUCCAUCUUUUCUUUGUAGGAAAACAAGUUUUUGUUUUGUUUUUCAAAUAAAGCGUCAGAUGUCGACAAGUGCAACUCG